AUGCCCUCGCCCGCCGUGCCUGGCAACGCGAAGACAGGCGCGGUGGUGGCUGCCAUCUCGAGGCUGCUGUCGUGCCCCCUGGGCUGGCUGCUGGGCACCAUGUCGCCGAUCAUCAACGACGUCGCCACAGACCUGGAGAACCCGCCGGUGUUCACCACCGUGCAGGCGGCCGACCUGACGCCGGCCUUCAAGACGCUCAUCCAGGGCCACUACCCGGACCUGCAGCCACAGGUGUUCGACUCCAAGGAGGUGUCGACGGUGUUCGAGGGCGCCGUGCGCGUGGCGCGCGCCAUGCGGCGCUGGACGGUGGUCAAGGAGGACGCCGAGGCGGGCACGGUAGAGGGUUACUGCGUCACGCAGCUGAUGCGCUUCAAGGACGACUGGGUUGUGCGCGUGUCCGAGCUGCGGGGCGGUGGCGCGGUGGUGGACAUGCGGUCGCGGAGCAGGAUGGGCAAGGGCGACGGGUAG